AUGCUCAAGAGCGGUCAAGCAACGCUGAAUCGUGCUCUGCAGCUCCUUGAUAGCUGCUCCAGACUCUUGGGUAACCGUGGACAGGUUGAUAGUCUCGACAGUCUGUCUCCGACAGACUGGUGCAGAUUGCAUCCUCGUUUUCCUCUGCUCGUCCAAACUCCCAAGCUUACAGUCUCGUUGUGGGAGCAAUCUUUGUUGGACAAAGCGAAAAUUCCCGCAUGGCAGGAUAUGAGCACGUUCCUUAAUGAGCGCUAUCGUACGCUGGAAGCGAUUGAGGACGUGAAACAGACUGCCAACCCACAGAACGCGACUGCAGGACCAUCCCGUCCGCAGAAUUCCAAGGGGUCAACUCCCUUUGAGGCCCGAGUCACUCCGAAAGGCAAAUCGUGUGACUUGUGCUCAAAGGAGAAAUGUCCUUCUCGGCACGCGGCCAUCAAUGUAUGCCAUUUGGGCACUAAAUACACCGCACGUGCGCUAAUUGAUUCCGGGUCCGAAGCGACCUUCAUUUCUGAGCGUCUGAUCCAACGCAUUAAGUUGCCUUUCCAGUCCUUGCGAGCCCAGGUAUCCGGGCUAAAUCACGCAGUUGCGGCCCAAUCGCAGAAGUUAUGUCACUUCAGCAUUGGCUCUCCGACGAAGCCGAGGCUCCAUAUCGAGACUUCGGCAUUCGUAAUUCCACAGUUGGCAGGCAAACUGCCCUCCUUCGAUAUGCCGCGAACUUUCCUAAGGGAUCUACCAGCGAUAGAACUGGCAGAUCCACACUUCUACAAGAGCGCUCAGAUUGAUAUUCUAAUUGGCGCGGAUAUCCUUCCGUCGGUCAUCUUGAGCGGCUCCCGGUCAAACAUUUGUGGCUCACUUCUUGGGCAGGAAACCGUGUUUGGCUGGAUUCUUACCGGCCCCGUCUCCCAGAAUGUGUCGACAACUGUUUCUGCGUUUUCGACAAGAGUCGCCCUCCAAGCAGACGAACAGCUCGACAGCCUACUUUCCAAAUUUUGGGAGGUGGAGGAUAUUCCAGCGAAUCUGAUAAAGGAGUCAGACUUCGUUUGCGAAGAAAAGUUCAUCUAUAGCGCUGGCUCAAUUCUCAAGAACGAGAAUCGUUUGUCAAGAAACGAUUCUCUAAAGGAACAGUACAAUGCCGUUCUCCAGGAGUACGUGGACUUGGGUCAUAUGACACCCAUAUCGCCUCAGGCGAUUGUGACGACUCCUAAUUUCUACCUGCCUCACCACGCCGUGUUCAAACCAGAUAGCACCACAACGAAGGUGCGGGUCGUUUUCAACGCAUCUUGUCCAUCCUCAAAUGGCAAUAGUCUGAAUGAUAUCCUUCAUUCAGGGCCCAUUCUCCAAUCGGAUCUCACGUUGCAGAUUCUCAGAUGGCGAUACUAUCGAUAUGUGUUCAAUGCGGACAUUACGAAGAUGUAUCGCCAAAUCCUCAUGGACUCGAAGCACACACCGUUCCAACAAAAUCUGUUCCGUACGUCGGACGGUGAGAUCCGUGACUUCGAGUUGAACACAGUGACAUUCGGUGUCAACUGUGCGCUUUUCCUGGCUCUACGAGUCAUACGAGACAUACGCUUGGAGUAUCCUCUCGCAAGUCGAGUCAUUUCCAACAACAUGUACGUGGACGACGUCCUGGCGGGGACACACACGAAAGAAGAGGCCAUCCGGACCAUUGCGGAAGUGUGUGCAGCCCUGGACAGCGCUGGCUUCCCGCUGAGGAAGUGGACGUCGAACCAUAAGAGCGUGUUGAAGGACAUUCCAAAGGACCAUCUACUUCGAGAAGAUUUCCUCAAACUCGAAGACUCCAGUACGGCGAAAACUCUGGGCAUCAGGUGGCAAGCUCACGAUGACGAGUUCUUCUUCAUGCCACCAGAAGUUGCCCAUCAGGACUCCUACACGAAGAGGGAAGUGCUUUCGCAAAUCGCUAAGCUUUUCGACCCAGCCGGAUGGCUGGCCCUUUCGUUAUCCGAGCCAAGAUCUUCAUGCAGGAGAUCUGGCUGA